AUGCCGAACAAUAUCGUUGUUCUAGGAGCUGGUGUAUCAGGCCUAACAACGGCCUACCUAUUAUCCAAAGAUCCUGCCAACCAGGUCACCGAAGGUAGCAAGCAUCAGGAAUGGGAGCGAAAUACCUGGGCCCCAUUGAAAGCGCUUACGGAAAAGCACCCUGAAGCUGGCAUCCACUUCCUUAAUACACUUAUUUACAACCGCAAGAAAGACCAAGGCUCGGCUACAGGAGACUGGUUCUCGGAAUUGGUGAAGCCUAACCCGUGGUACAAGGAUGUUGUACCGGACUUCCAAACUAUUGCUAAGGACAAAUUGAGCGGUGAGAUGGAUAACGCCCAACAAUUCACCUCCGUCUGCAUCAACACCGCCGUUUAUCUCCCAUGGCUUGUGGGUCAGUGCGUGAAGAAUGGCGCAGUCUUCAAGCGAGCAGUCCUAAAGCAUAUAACUGAAGCUGCCACUGCCCACCACACAGGUCAACCCGCUGAUGUGGUAGUGAAUUGCACGGGCCUAGCAUCCAAAACACUCGGCGGAGUCGCUGACGACAAGAUGUACCCUGCCCGCGGCCAGAUUGUGAUAGUCCGAAACGACGCAGGUUCGAUGUACUCUGCAUCCGGAACCGAUGACGGACCAGAUGAAGCUUUGUACCUAAUGACCCGUGCCAUGGGCGGUGGCACUAUCCUAGGAGGUACUUAUCAAAAGCAUAACUGGGACGCAUUGCCGGAUCCAAACAUUGCCAACCGUAUCAUGAAGCGAGCAAUUGCAGCUGCUCCACAGCUUGUGAAGCAGGGACAGGGAAUUGAGGGUUUGGAUAUUAUUCGCCACGGUGUUGGUCUGAGACCACUUCGCGAGGGUGGCCCUCGCCUCGAGAAGGAUGAAGUGGAGGGUGUUAACAUUGUGCAUAAUUAUGGCCAUGGUGGCUUUGGGUAUCAGGCAUCAUUUGGCUGUGCCAAUGAAGUGGUGACCCUGGUUAAGGAAGACGAUGAUUUGGCCCUUCGAGUCCAGAAGGUGCUUAAGGAAUUCGGCAGUCCACCACUAGCUGGGACGCCACUUGCCCCGAAGGUAUCUUCUCCGGAACCCGAGAUACUGCUUGCAAUGAUCAUCGAUGCGAUGCUUAAGUCACGCCCGAUUCAGCAUGACCUUUCACGAAAGACCGUCAAUCAUCUCAUCGAAAUGGGCUAUCACGACGUCAACAAGCUGUCGGAAACUACCUGGGAAGAACGCACGGACGUGCUGCGAGAGGUGGAUAUAAUCGGUAUCGAGAACAGGCUGCGACCAACUUGGGUGCGCUGGCGGAACGGUGACCUCAACAAGCUACUCGAGCGGGGCGAGGCUGAAAGAGAAAAAGUCGGAACGCUGAUUAAGGAUAUCAAGGGUGUCGGUGAUCUGGCGGAAGAACUGUUUUUGAGUAAUGUCCAAAGUGUCUGGCCCUCUAUGGCCCCCUUCGUCGAUUCGCGGAGCCUUAAAACGGCGGAUGAGAUUGGGAUUGGAAGAGAUCUGGAAGUUAUUUAUGACGCAGUACAGCAUGACCCUAUGAAAAUGAGCCAAUUGGCCAACGGGCUGUCAACGGUGCGUCUAGAGCAUAGGCAGCAGGACAUUACUAUGUAG